AUGGGAUCACAUCACGAGGAGGUGAUACCACCCACAUUGAAAAAGACUUUGCACCUGAAAGCAAAGAAGCCUGAUACUGAAAGUUUGAAGGUUUUGGGUCGAACGUUGAAGAAAACACAACGUCUUACUCUUGCUAGGAAAUAUGGGGAAAUUCUAGAUCUAUUAGAAGUUGAUGUGCAAGUAGAUGCAAUCACUGCGGUUGCUCAGUUUUAUGACACACCUUUGAGAUGUUUCACUUUCCGAGAUUUCCAAUUGGCACCUACUUUGGAAGAAUUUGAGCAAAUUCUUGGCUUAUCAUUAGAAGAUUUUGAGAAGCCAUACCGCUACUUGGGGCACUACCCUUCUAUGCAUGCUAUUGCUGACGUCUUAAAAGUUCCUGAGAAAAGCUUGCAAAAAAAAAGACAAAAUAGAAAUGGGACCGAUGGAUUUUCAAGGAAGUACCUGGAGGAGCACCUUCGUCACUUAGCUGAAAUUGAAGACUGGGAGGCUUUCAUUGAUGUGCUAGCUCUCACCAUUUAUGGUAUCCUCAUGUUCCCAAAUGUUGACGAGUUCGUGGACUUCGCAGCUAUAGAUGUCUUCUUUGCUCGCAAGUUUAGAGGUGAAAAUCCUGUUCCUGCCAUUCUUGCUGAUGUCUACUAUACUCUAAAUUUUUGUUAUGAGAAGAAGGGCAAAAGAAUUUUGUGUUGUUUACCAAUGUUAUUCAUAUGGCUCACUGCCCAUGUCUUCAAAAGAGGAUACGAGAUCUUAUACCCCAUCACUGAGUUUCAAAGAUAUCAGUUAAAGGCUAAAAGUGGUCAUGAAUGGACUCAAAUUUUAGCACGAUUGGAUGAAAAAAGUGUCCGAUGGUAUCCUCGAUGGGUUGAAAGAGAAACUUUGAUCUACCAAUGCGGUGAUUUCCCUAAUGUGCCUCUCAUGGGUACCCGAGGGUGUAUCAAUUACAACCCAUCCUUGUCACAACGACAACUCGGUUAUCCUAUGAGAAGAGCUCCCACGGAAGACAUGAUAGCUCCUUUCAUUCUUUAUGAUAUGAGCUCUGCAC